AUGAUUUCUCCAAUGUACCUUAGAGUUACAUGUCUCGUUCUUGGAGUAUUGAUAUUAUGUAAUUUGGGUUUUGUUCAAGGUCAUAACAAAUGGAAAAAAACAUUAACACAUAGCGCUUUUCCUGGAUAUCAAAUUAAUUUCAAAGAACCACGUCUUUGUGAUAAAACUGUUCAACAG